GUGAAUUCCAGUGGGUGUUUAAACUUCUCAGGAAAAAGGACAUUAAGGCGGCGAAACCAUGACCAAGAAGCUGGUGAUCAUCGACACAGACUGCGGCAUAGAUGACGCUCAGGCCAUAAUGAUGGCCUUGGCGGCGUCCAACCUGGAGGUCCUGGCCGUGACCUGUGUGUUUGGGAACGCGGCGGUGGAAAACGUGUGUCAGAACGUUUUGCGGGUUCUCUCCGUCUGUGAGCGCCAGGAGAUUCCGGUGUUUCAAGGCUCUGCUGGUCCCCUUGUAGGAUUCAGUAAUCUAUUCAGCGACCACUUUGGAGGUGAUGGACUUGGGGAUGUGAUAAAGGACCAAGACCCUCAGUGGAAGGAGAAAAUCCAACCGGAGCACGCAGUCAAUGCUUUGAUUAGGCUGGUGUCUGAACAUGAGAAGCAGGUCUCCUUGGUGGCCCUCGGCCCGCUCACUAAUCUGGCACUGGCUGUCAAGCUGGAUCCGCGCUUCUCCCAAAAGCUCAGAGACCUCUUCAUCAUGGGCGGCAACAUGGAAGGAAAGGGGAACGUGACCCUUUGUGCAGAGUUUAACUUUGUGUCGGAUCCAGAGUCUGCUUACGUUGUUCUAGAAGAAUUCCUCUGCCCCACCUACCUCGCCACAUGGGAGUACUCAUGCAGGAACGCCCUGACUUGGGAGUUCUUUGAGGAGCUGAUCAAUCAGGAUGCCCCUGCAGCCCGCUUCAUGAAGAUGAUAACAUCAAAGUGUUGGGCCUACUCCAAAGAGACCAUGAAGAUUAAGAGAGACGUGUACUUUGGGCCUGGCUUUGUCUCUUAUGACGCCUACGCCAUGGCGGCCUGUAUUGACAGCAGCGUAGUGCUGGAGAGCAUUGAGUGCCCCGUGCGCGUGGAGGUGCAGGGCUCCAUGACUCGUGGCAUGUUGGUGCUGGAUCGAACAAACUCCCUAAACAAGAGCCACACUGUGAGGGUCAUGGUUAAAUGUGACGUGGCCAAGUUUGGUGGGCUUCUGAUGGAGUCCCUCAGACAGCCGUAGAAGAAGUGACAAAAAAGACCAGGCAGCCUCUUUUAGCUAAAAGGUUUAUUUUUCUCAAGAUGAGGUCAUAAAAUGCAUAAAAUGAGAAAUGUGAUUUUUUUAAAUUUUUUUUAAUUUAACCAUUCCGUUGUAGAUUUGCUCCUGUGUUUGACCUUUUGACCCACUUUUGACCAAGCUGGCUUCAUCUUUAACUUAAUUAAAGUGUGGUGUGCAAAAGCAUUCAUGGUUGGAUGCAGGAAUUCAGGUCCUAUGGUGGCAAACUAAAAACCCCAAAACACCACUAUCCCUCAGUAUGGUCGAAAACUGAUAUAUGCUUUGAUGUUAAACAUGUUAGCUGAAGCCAGUGGUGUCUGAACUUUUUUCUGCUACAUGAGCCAAAUUUACAGGAUUUUAAUUACAAUAAUAAGAACAAUUUAACUUUAUUGAUCUCACACUGGAGAAAUUCAGCUCUGCAUUUAACCCAUACCCUUUGGGAGCAGUGGGGUUUUAAGGGUCUUGAUCAUGGGCCCAGAGUGGACGUCUGUGGUAGUUGAACCCAAAAACCCCAGAACCCAAGCAGAAUGCUCUAACCACUAGGCCACCACACCCCAACAGCAUAACCAUGAACAAUCUAUGAUUAA